AUGAGGAAGUUCUAUAAGAAGAUUCAAGUCCACUGUUCGGUUGAGAAGACUGGGAUCAAGAAGCCAUCGAAGAUUGUGUGUGAGAGAUUCAGGAAAGCACGUGCAAUUGCUGCAGCAGUUGCAGACGAAAUAAGCGGGCUUUCGCCGCUUGAGAAGAAGGUGACUUCUCUGAUAGAGGCUAAGACUCUUAAUAAGGCAAAGAAGCUGUUAAGUAAGAGGCUAGGCUCGCGUAAACGUGCGACAGUCAAGCUUGAGAAGCUUACGAAGAUGACUAUGGAAGAAUAA